CGCGAGGGCCCCCGCUCGGCGCCUCCCCCGCGCCCCGCGCGCAGUGUCCGCUUCCGGCGCGCUGCCGUCGCCGCUUCGCCGCGGGCAGGCGACGCAGGCGGGCGCCAUGCAGGUACCUCAUCAGUAGCUUGCAAUGACGUAGACUGUGUUGUAACUGCAAUUUAAAUACAUAUAUUCUUAGCUGGAUAAUACUUCUUUGAGUAUCAUUCAAUGCCUAACAUUUCAGAAGAUGAAAAGGAGAAUGGUUCUGGAAACAAUGGAAAUACUGAAAACAGACCUGCAAAAGAAUCCCCAGAAGCUUCUCUUCAUGAUCCUGUAAAGCCAUACUGCAUGUCUGAUGCUUCCACUGCAUCACUGGUUUCUAGGGGAGAUGGGCAUUAUCCAUGGGGAUGCCCUGUGACUCAUACAAGAGAGAAAUUUUAUACUAUCUGCUCAGACUAUGCUUUUUUAAACAGAGUAACAUCUAUUUGUAAAAGCCCAAGUGCUUCAGUUAGUGCCUGCCUGUCAAGCAGUGCUGCCUUAAAUGUUGGUAAUAACAAACCUAGCUUAAUCGGCAUUCAAACAGGUGUUUCAGAGAUAAUCUAUAGUGAAGAUGCUAACUUGGAAGGCUUGUCUAGCAGUCUUGGAAAGCUUCCACUGGCGUGGGAAAUCGACAAAUCGGAAUUCAACAGCAUGACCCCAAAUCUGAAGAACAAAGCAGGCAACAUGAAGAAACAAGUAACGAAGAAAAAAUCUUUAGACAAAAAAAGCAAACAAUACAGGGAGUGUCCUCCACAUUCUGCUCUUGAAGAGGUGAAGGAAAGGAAAGUGUUGGACCUCCGGAGAUGGUAUUGUAUUAGCCGACCACAGUAUAAAACUUCUUGUGGAAUUUCAUCUUUAGUAUCUUGCUGGAAUUUCUUAUACAGUACACUGGGGGCUGGAAGCUUGCCACCUAUUACUCAGGAGGAAGCUUUGCAUAUAUUGGGCUUUCAACCACCGUUUGAGGAGAUUAGAUUUGGUCCUUUCACUGGAAAUACAACUUUGAUGAGAUGGUUUAGGCAAAUAAAUGAUCACUUCCAUAUAAAAGGAUGUUCAUAUGUUCUGUAUAAACCUCAUGGGAAGAACAAAACAGCUGGAGAAACUGCUGCAGGGGCCUUGGCAAAGCUAACACGUGGACUGAAAGAUGAAUCAAUGGCCUACAUCUACCAUUGCCAAAAUCAUUAUUUUUGCCCAAUUGGAUUUGAAGCAACUCCUGUAAAAGCUAGUAAAGCAUACAGGUUGCUGGAUUUGGACUCAGGAGACCUGGGUUCAGUUCCCAGUUCAACCACAGACUUGCAGUGUGACCUUAGAGGUCGUGUCUUGCAGCAGGAAGUGGAAUACUGGAUCUUAAUUGGCGAGCCAAGCAGGAAACAUCCAACAAUACACUGUAAAAGGUGGACAGAUAUUGUUACUGAUCUAAACACUCAAAAUCCAGAAUACCUAGAUAUUCGACAUCUAGAGAGGGGCUUACAGCAUCGAAAAACAAAGAAGGUUGGAGGAAAUCUUCACUGCAUUAUUGCCUUUCAGAGACUUAACUGGCAAAGAUUUGGUCCUUGGAACUUUCCGUUUGGGAAUGUUAGACAAGAUAAACAAUCCCAAACACAAGGACAGGGGAUUGCCAAAUCUGAGAGUGAAGACAAUAUAUCUAAAAAGCAACAUGGACGACUGGGUAGGUCUUUUAGUGCUGGUUUCCAUCAAGAAUCUAUGUGGAAGAAAUCUAAUCUCCGUGAGAGGAGGAACAGUGGAUAUCAGAGUUACAAUGAUUAUGAUGGAAAUGAUUAAAAUUAACUUUAGAAUAAAACAACUCAUAUACUAAAGUUAGUUUUAAUCAAGGUAUAGAAUGAACUAUUAGUCCUAGAAUACAUAUGAAUAGAAAUUAUGGUAUAAGAUACAGCUUCAUAAUUAAUUAUUAAAUAUAUCUGGUUAUAUGGUCGCAGUGGAUGAGAUCUGGUGUAUAAACUGACAGAUAAGCACAGAGUAUUGUACUUUUGUAAUCAAAAGUACAUGAUAGCAAAAUCAAUCAUUUCUUUUGAAAUAAUUACACUAUGUCCUGAAUUGUGAAAACAAAAAAAAGCAGAUUGAAGUGUAAUAAAAAGUCAUUGAAAAUAUUCAGUAUUCAAAAGCAUGAAAAUUUACCAUAUGACUUUACAAAAAGGGUUAUUCUACAUACUGUAUAAGGAUAGAAGUAAACAUUGCCUUCCUUUUUAACACUCCAUUUUAUUAAGGCUGUCAGUAUCCAGUAAAAAGAAAAAGAUCAUGUACGUUAAAAGCCCUUGUCAGAUUUGUAAGGUGAAUAAAUGUUCUCAAUUCAGUUCCUAGUAGACUUUUGUCAGUUGGAUAAUCCUAUUCUGUCAAAUGGAUACCAGUUACUUUUUUUGGAUCCCGCAGUAGACUGGGAGGAUAGCCUGAUGGUGGGAAAAGCUUGAGAAUAGACAUUCUUUGCUUUUGUGGUUAUGGUAGCUGAAUUCUUAUCCUGGAACCUCUUGAGAGCACUGAUUCACAUAACACUACAAGCUUGUAAAAUACAGUUUUUUUAAAAAGCUGCAGUUACCAUUAGCCACAUUGAGCUAGUUGAACACUGUGUUCUGUUGGCAGUUCUUUUUUCCUUGCUCAGUCUUAAAACUCCUGUCAAACUUUUAUGCUGCUCCUUUAACUUGUACGAAGGUGAUGCAAGUGCCGAAAACUGUUGGCAGUCCUGAUGAUAUACCUCUAGGCCAGCAGACAACUCAAGUUUUUUCAGGUGUCCAUGUGCAAUCCUUUCUUUAGUUGAAGGUUUAUAUAAUUGUUUGCCGAAUGACAUCUCAGCAAUUUUGACUUUCUGUGCACAAACAUUCCUUACCUGCUCAAGGAUUAAUUUUCUGACAUUAAAAAAAUUGCCAUGGAAUGCAGGGGUUUUGUAGCUUGCUGCUUUUGUUAACCAAAAAUGGGAGACUUUUAGACUUUUGUUCAUUCAAUAAAGUCUGUUUUCUAUUUUGU